CUUUGGCUUUCAUACAAGAAAAAUGAUGUUAUCCAAUUCAGAACAAACAACAGCGGCUUCGGCUACGUCCCUCUCACUCCCAGUUUCCAUCAAUGAGAAGCUGAAGCAGGCUCUAGAACCCUAAACCCACUCUUGAAUCGGCACCUCAGAGACAGGGGAAGACCAAAAAGAAGCCCUUGUGGUGGGUGUGUGGUGGUGGCAUUCAUUCUUGGUUGUUCGUUUCUUUAAUGGCAAUCCCCACGUCCCUCAUUCCCUGUUUAUCUUUCGAACCAAUCUCCAGUUCUGCUUCUUAUUCUUCCUCCUCGUUUCCAUCGCAAUCUCUCGGUCCCUUCAAGCCCCAUUGCCGUGCUCUAAAGAUGGAUAACCAUAACCCCACCUCAAAAUCAAAUGCCCCGCUCCUUGUUUGCUGUUCGGCUCGCGAAAUUGGCUCCAACUCUGACCCUGUCAACGGGAGCAUGAAGCAUCAGAUAUCAUCUAUUGCUCCUAGUGGGAUGACAUUAAAUGAAGCUUCCAUGUCCAUGCCAUCAUGUAAAUGGCGAAGGGUAUUGCUUAAAGUAAGUGGUGAAGCACUUGCUGGUGAUCGAUUACAGAAUAUUGAUCCAAAGGUUACUAUGACAAUUGCGAGGGAGGUUGCAUCUGUAACUCGACUGGGCAUUGAGGUUGCAAUAGUCGUUGGUGGGGGGAACAUUUUCCGCGGAUCCUCAUGGGCAGGAUGUAGUGGUUUGGACCGUUCAUCUGCUGAUUACAUCGGGAUGUUGGCAACAGUCAUGAAUGCUAUAUUUCUUCAAGCAACGAUGGAGAGUAUAGGCAUUCCAACACGAGUGCAGACUGCAUUUCGCAUGUCAGAGGUUGCAGAGCCAUAUAUUCGACGCAGGGCUGUCAGGCAUUUGGAAAAAGGACGGGUUGUGAUCUUUGCAGCUGGUACGGGCAAUCCGUUUUUCACUACAGACACCGCAGCAGCCCUCCGUUGUGCAGAAAUUAAUGCUGAAGUUCUGCUGAAAGCGACGAACGUUGAUGGGGUUUAUGAUGAUGAUCCAAGGCAAAACCCGAAUGCUUGUCUGCUCGAGACUCUUACAUACCAGGAGGUGACGUCGAAGGACCUUUCAGUGAUGGACAUGACUGCCAUUACUCUAUGCCAGGAGAAUAACAUUCCGGUUGUUGUCUUCAAUCUAACGAAACCCGAUAACAUCUCGAAAGCGAUAAAGGGCGAGAGGGUUGGGACAUUGAUUGGAGGAACAUGGAACUCAAUGGUAACAAGUUCAUGAAGUGUGUGGACCAUCCAUGCUGCAAGAGCUCAUUUUUAGGGAUUUGGCAGGAGCUUUAGGACUAUUUUUAUACGUUUUUCACAUUGGUAGCUGUCUCGAACACUCACUCAAAUUUUGAAUUUUAUUUCAUGAUAUUAUAAGAUUUAUUUUUGUAAAUAACCCUGUGAAAACAGACCCCUGUUGAAAUUUUCAUUGAAUAUUGAUGAGUGGUCUUCAAUCUUUUUAACUGCA